GACACAAGUGACAGAAUACUUCUGAACACGUUGACCAUUUUACUCACCCAGCAGAGCUGGUUAGGUUGUUUAUGUAAUCUAGAGAGUUGGUGACUGUAUUUGUGCUGCAGGCAAUCAUUUAGAUCAUUUUUUGCCGAUGUUUAAUUUAUCCCGGUCAUACUGAACCGGCGUUGCGCAUUCAUAAAUUCAACAGUUAUUCUGCUCCCUGGUACUCAGAAAAGAGUGCUCUGGUCGGACUGGACAGAGGGAUUUUGCAAACGCACAAAGUCAGGUCAACAUGACAUUUUUCUUCUCGUUUUGGAACACAGUAAUAUAGUGUAUUGUGGCUCGCUUCGGUUUUAACUGAGUAGCAACGUUUGCGGAAUCAUUUGCUUCCAACAAGUGUGCAAGUAGGCAUCAUGUUAGCCACCGUGCUAGCUAGCUAAUCCCGUGGCUACCUGCACUGGAUAGCGUUACCGUCGUCAGCUGUCCUGCAACAUCAAGGACAGAUGACAAUUUCACUCCAAAUUCUCAAAGAAAUCACUAUCCAGUUCUAUGUUCAGUACAUGAGCUAACUAACCUAACUAUAAAAUGAUGGAUUCAAAGAGAGACAUGAAAGAUCAAGAAACCGAGAGAGUCUCCAAGGUGACAGCUGCGCUGCUGAAGUCCCGGACAGGAGAGUUUGAUCUGGAAUCUAUUCUGUUUCUGAAGCUCCGAGGUCUCGGGAUCUAUGAUCUAGGCUGUAUCGGGGACUGUAUAAAUCUGGAGAGACUGGAUCUGUCUGGUAACAACAUCACUAACCUGGCUCCACUCUCUUCUCUGAGACUACUACAGAUACUCAAUGUGUCAGCCAACAGGAUCUCUAACUUAGAAGACAUUUCCUGCUGUGACAGUUUACAGAGCCUAAAUGUGGCUGGGAACCUCAUAUCCAGUAUUGACAACAUCCACUGCCUUCAGUCUUUGAGGAAGCUGGAGAAUAUUCGCCUGAAAGACAACACCUAUAAUUACACCAACCCAGUUUGUAAGAACUCGUCCUACAGAAACAUUCUCCUGGAGAUGUUCCCAAACAUCAGAGUGUUGGAUGGUGAAAGAGUGGUUGGACGUGGGAGUGAUUUAUAUAAAUUAUGCAAAGACAUUGAUGAAACUAUCAAAGCUGGUUUCUAUAGGAAUGGCCAGUUACCAGAGCUGCCUGGCUGUAAGCCCUGGGUCGACAACGACUUCUGGGAAAUCAAGAGAUCCAGCAACGUCAUUAUAGACGAGGCCUACAAACAGUUCAAUGACGUCCUUCAUGAAUGCAGACUGCUGAACAACAGAGCAACACAUGUCAUCUCACAGACAGAGAGAUCUCUGAGCCUCAAGAACCAGCCAAAGCAGUACUCUGUUUAAAAUGCCGUUUACAACAGGCAACAUUGAUUGUGAAGUGUGUUUGUGUGAUAUGUGUUACUUACAUGAAACGAUGUCAUGGCUUCAUGUAUUUGUAUUAAAUGAUGUUGUUUUAUAUCCGAAUGCUUGACCCAGCACCAGUGCCAGAACCUUGACAUGCUCAGCAUUACGUUGCAGACAGUGCUGCAUAGUGACACCUAGAGGAUACAUAACUACCCUUGGGUCUAGUGUAGCCAAUGAAAAGCCUCCUACCCCCUUGGGUCUAGUGUAGCCAAUGUAAAGCCUCCUACCCCCUUGGGUCUAGUGUAGCCAAUGAAAAGCCUCCUACCCCCUUGGGUCUAGUGUAGCCAAUGUAAAGCCUCCUACCCCCUUGGGUCUAGUGUAGCCAAUGAAAAGCCUCCUACCCCCUUGAGUCUAAUCUAGUGUAGCCAAUGAAAAGCCUCCUACCCCCUUGGGUCUAGUGUAGCCAAUGAAAAGCCUCCUACCCCCUUGAGUCUAAUCUAGUGUAUCCAAUGUAAAGCCUCCUAUCCCCUUGGGUCUAGUCUAGUGUAGCCAAUGAAACGCCUCCUACCCCCUUGAGUCUAGUCUAGUGUAGCCAAUGUAAAGCCUCCUAUCCCCUUGGGUCUAGUCUAGUGUAGCCAAUGAAACGCCUCCUAUCCCCUUGAGUAUAGUGUAGCCUAUACUACACUCUUAGAAAAAAAGGUGCUAUCUACAACCGAAAAGGGUUCUUCGGCUGUUCCCAUAGGAGAACCCUUUUUGGUUCCAUGUGGUACCCUUUCCACAGAAGGUUUUACCUGGAACCAAAAAGGGUUCUCCUAUGGGGACUUUUUUGGAACAGUUUUUUCUAAGAGUUUACCUACCUGUGUAGCCUACAGAUCGUACAGGCUAGUACUACCGACUCCUACCCUCUACCGACUCCUACCCACUACCGACUCCUACCCUCUACCGACUCCUACCCUCUACCGACUCCUACCCUCUACCGACUCCUACCCUCUACCGACUCCUACCCUCUACCGACUCCUACCCACUACCGACUCCUACCCACUACCGACUCCUACCCACUGCCGACUCCUACCCACUACCGACUCCUACCCUCUACCGACUCCUACCCUCUACCGACUCCUACCCUCUAUAGCAGGGGUGGGCAAACUUUUUGGCUCGAGGGCCACAUCGGGAUUUUGAAAUUCAAUGGAGGAGAUCAAUUUGCGGGGGCCUCUCAAGUGGUGCAGCGGUCUAAGGUACUUCAUCGCAGUCUUUGAGGCGUCACUAGAGACCUGGGUUCGAUCCCAGGCUGUGUCACAGCUGGCCAGUUCCUGGGAGACCCAUGAGGCGGCACACAAUUGGCCCAGCGUCAUCUGGGUUAGGAGAGGAUUUGACAGGCCAAGAUUAACAUUUACCAUCGCGCUCUAGUUACUCCUGUGGCGGGCCGGGCACAUGGCCCCUGACACGGCUGCCAGGUGUACGGUGUAUACAGAACAUUGGUGCGGCUGGCUUCCGGGUUAAGUGGGCGUUGUGUCAAGAAGCAGUGUGGCUGGGUCGUGUUUCGUGGGACGCACAACUCUCAACCUUCGCCUCUCCAUAUGGGAGUUGCAGCGAUGGGACAAAACUACCUACCAAUUGGAAACCACGAAAUUGGGGAGAAAUAAACAGGUAAAAAAAAUAUAUAUUAUAUUUUUUUUAUGCCUACAGACUUCUACCCUCUACAGACGUCUACCCUCUACAGACGUCUACCCUCUACAGACUUCUACACUCAACAGACUUCUACCCUCCUGAGUGCUAAGUAGCCUACAGGCUCCAGUUCCAACCAACUCUGUGGGUUCAGACCCAUUGUCUUACAACUGAUAACGUGAUGAUUCCCCUUAUUGUCGGUUGAGGGACGACCAUUGCGUAGGAGUGACGCCACCUGACGUAAGACUUUGGGUGCAGACGUGGAUCCAUAUUGACACCACUUAGGUGCCAUAAGGUGUUUACUGUGCUCACUAUGCACAGUGCUGUGUGUUGGUGAUGCUGAGCCAUGCUGCUAUUACAAUACAACUUAGUAAGUUGUUACUAUUGUUUAAAACUAGCCACAUUAUCAAAGCUUUUCCAUAGUGCACUACUUCAUCAUUGAUGGUGAAGUGUUUGUUUUAUUAUGCUGGUAUUGGGAGUGAUGCUUAUGUCGUGAAUUAAUUCUGCACAGUUUGAGUUGUUUCUACUUGUUUUGAUACCGUUAAUAAGGCCAACGCUAGCAGUACAUGGAAAAUACUAACUAUCUGGCAUUAAAAUGACUAAUAAACAGGCGGAAUUGCU